AGUCUGUGGUGUGUCACAAAAUUAAAAAAUAAAAGUGUCAAAAUACGCGCCAAAAAUCUUGUGCUGUUGUGGUUACAAAUAAACAAGAUUAUUUCGUGUUUUGUGCAAAUGUGAUUGUCCUUACUGUUUUGUGAGAUAAAUACGUGUUAAUUAAAUAAGUAAUAGAUUAGUAUAAUAAUGUCUACUCCAUCAAAACGCCCGCCGUCACAAGCCUCAUCCGAGGCCCCAACACCUUCAAGGAGGACACGCUCAUCUCAACAGCUCGUCGUGCCGGAGACUCCCCAGCGAUCCACCGGUACACCAUCUAAAGAUGGAACCCCAGGCACUCCGCGGCGCACCCCGCGGACCCCGCGCACCCCCGGCGGCGCCGCGGCCUCGUCCCCGGCGCGAGCGCUGGCUUCAAGUCCUCUGGGUACAGACAUAGACAUGAGCUCCCCACUCAACUACGGAACCCCAAGCUCUCUCAGUACUCCCCGCUCGCUGAUGCGAGGUGCCAUGACGCCGGCCCGCCAGAGAGCCGACCUUAGAGGCCAUCAGCUGGCCCCUAACGUGCCCGCGCCUACUCCUACAAGACGGGCAGAAGAUGGUGCCGCUGAAACUGCGCCAUCCAGUGAGCCCCAAUUGGUAGUCUGGGGAACAGACGUAGCCAUCACAGAAUGCCGCGAGAAAUUCAUCAAAUUCAUCCAACGAUUCGUCGAACCCACCGCAAUCACCAACGAACCGUUAUAUGAACAGAAGUUAGAAGAGAUCUUUACCCUCGAAGAACCAUUCCUGGAUGUAGAUUGCGAUCACGUCAGAGUAUUCGACCCUAAACUACACAGGCAGCUAAUCUGCUACCCACAAGAGGUGGUCCCAGCGUUUGACGCGGCAGUAAACGAGUUGUUCUUCGAAAAAUACCCAGCGGCUGUGCUUGAGCAUCAGAUACAAGUGCGUCCGUUCAACGCUCCUCAGAGACACAUGCGAGACCUAAAUCCAGAGGACAUCGACCAGCUGGUAACAAUAUCGGGCAUGGUGAUCCGCACUUCCACCAUAGUUCCUGAGAUGCGCGAAGCUUACUUUCGCUGCGCGGUCUGUGGUUCGGCGACUGCAGCGGAGUUGGAGCGCGGUCGCGUGCCGGAACCGGCUCAUUGCUCGCACUGCAGCACGGCGCACUGCUUCCAGCUUAUACACAACCGCUCACACUUCAGCGAUAAACAGCUGGUCAAGCUUCAGGAGUCGCCUGACGACAUGCCAGCCGGUCGCACGCCAGCCACAGUGAGCGUCAUGGCUCACGGAGCCCUAGUGGAAUGCGUAGGCGCAGGCGAGCGUGUAAGCGUGACUGGAGUAUUCCGUGCCGCGCCCGCUUCUGUUAACCCACGUAAAGCCACGCUAAAGGCGCUGCAUAGAACACAUAUUGAUGCGCUUCACUAUAAGAAAGUACACAGCGAUAGGCUGCUGGAUACUGAAGAAGGAAAAGAACACCGCUUCCCGCCAGAACGUAUUGAGCUGUUCAAGGCCCUAGCAAGCCAGCCGGACUGUUACGAGCGUCUAGCGCGAGCCAUAGCGCCUUCCAUCUACGAGAACAUUGACAUCAAGAAGGGCGUGUUGCUGCAACUGCUAGGCGGAACUAAGAAGAACUUUAAUGCUGCUGGGAGAACUCAUUUCAGGUCGGAGAUCAACAUCCUUCUGUGCGGCGACCCGGGCACCAGCAAGUCGCAGCUGCUGCGCUGGGUGCACGCGCUCGUGCCGCGCGCGCAGUACACGUCGGGCCGCGGCUCCUCCGCCGUCGGGCUCACCGCCUACGUCACCAAGGACCCCGACACGCGCCAGCUGGUGCUGCAGACAGGUGCAUUGGUACUUGCCGACAACGGAAUAUGCUGCAUUGAUGAAUUCGACAAAAUGAACGACUCCACUCGCAGUGUUCUUCAUGAGGUAAAUUCACUUAAUUAUAGACUUCAUCAAUGA